AUAAAGGAUUGGAUAUUCCAUUGUUUCUUUCUUCCUUCCACCAUCAUCGUCAACAAAUCAAAUGGAUCAACUUUGAUCUCACCACCAGUAAUUGAGAUUCUUUCUCCUCUGCUUCCACAUCGAGCUUCCAUUCUUCAUGGCUUCUCUGGCGACAAAAAUGAUUCUUCCCUCGGAGAAUGGGUACAGAGCUUGGGAGGACCAGACCCUUUUCAAAUGGCGCAAGAGAGACCCUCACGUCACCUUGCGUUGCCAUGAUUCCGUCGAAGGAUCUUUGAGGUACUGGUACCAGAGAAACAACGUGGAUCUCACUGUAUCAAAAUCUGCUGUUUGGAACGAUGAUGCUGUGCAAGCUUCUCUUGAUAGUGCUGCUUUUUGGGUCGACGGGUUACCCUUUGUUAAGUCUUUAUCUGGUUACUGGAACUUCUUCUUGGCUCCUACUCCUGCAAAUGUCCCGGAGAAGUUUUAUGAUGCUGCGUUUUCCGAUUCGGAUUGGAAAGCUUUACCAGUUCCUUCCAAUUGGCAGUGUCAUGGCUUUGAUCGGCCUAUUUAUACCAAUAUUGUGUAUCCUUUCCUGAAUGAUCCUCCUCAUGUUCCUGAAGAUAACCCUACUGGUUGCUACAGGACUUACUUCCAGAUUCCUAAAGAUUGGAAGGACAGAAGAAUACUUCUUCACUUUGAAGCUGUAGACUCCGCAUUCUUUGCUUGGGUGAAUGGCAACCCUGUUGGGUACAGUCAAGACAGCAGAUUACCAGCUGAAUUUGAAAUAUCCGACUAUUGCUAUCCAUGGGACUCCGGGAAACAAAAUGUUCUUGCUGUCCAAGUCUUUAGAUGGAGUGAUGGUUCAUACCUUGAAGACCAAGAUCAUUGGUGGUUGUCAGGCCUUCACCGAGACGUGCUUUUGCUAGCAAAGCCCAAGGUCUUCAUUGCUGACUACUUUUUUAAGUCCAAAUUAGCAGAUGACUUUUCAUACGCGGACAUCCAGGUUGAAGUAAAGAUAGACAAUAUGCUGGAGUCCUCAAAGGAUCUUCUUCUAUCUAACUUCAUCAUAGAGGCUGCCGUAUUUGAUACUAAAAGAUGGUACAAAUCUGGAGGAUUUAGUGAUGAACUUUCUCCCAAGGUGGCUAAUCUGAAGCUUAAUCUUUCUCCAAGCCCAGUUCUUGGAUUUCAUGGUUAUUUGCUUGAGGGAAAACUGGAUACUCCAAAUCUCUGGUCAGCAGAACAACCAAAUGUCUACAUCCUCGUUGUAACCCUGAAAGAUAAAUCUGGGAAACUCCUUGAUUCUGAGUCUAGCAUUGUUGGCAUUCGCCAAGUAUCAAAGGCCUUCAAACAGCUUCUUGUUAAUGGACAUCCGGUCAUGAUUAAAGGUGUAAACAGGCAUGAGCACCACCCACGUGUUGGAAAGACUAACAUAGAGUCAUGCAUGGUCAAGGAUUUAAUCAUGAUGAAAGAAUACAAUAUCAAUGCUGUGCGGAACAGUCAUUAUCCUCAGCAUCCCCGCUGGUAUGAAUUAUGUGAUUUGUUCGGCAUGUACAUGAUCGAUGAAGCCAAUAUAGAGACACAUGGUUUUGAUCUUUCUGGACAUCUGAAGCACCCUACAAAAGAACCAAGCUGGGCAGGUGCUAUGUUGGAUCGUGUAGUUGGGAUGGUCGAGAGAGACAAGAACCAUGCCUGCAUAAUUUCUUGGUCACUGGGAAACGAAGCAGGCUAUGGGCCUAAUCAUUCUGCCAUGGCAGGUUGGAUUAGGGAAAAGGACCCCUCACGGUUGGUACACUAUGAAGGUGGUGGUUCCAGAACAGAUUCUACUGAUAUAGUCUGCCCUAUGUACAUGCGGAUUUGGGAUAUUGUCAAGAUUGCACUUGAUAAAAGUGAAUCACGUCCGUUGAUAUUAUGCGAGUAUUCACAUGCUAUGGGUAAUAGCAACGGGAAUAUAGACGAGUACUGGGAGGCAAUUGAUAAUACCUUUGGCCUGCAAGGAGGCUUCAUAUGGGACUGGGUUGACCAGGGUCUAUUGAAGAUGGGGUCAGAUGGCAUUAAGCGUUGGGCUUAUGGAGGGGACUUUGGUGACCAACCUAAUGAUCUGAACUUCUGUCUGAAUGGGCUUAUGUGGCCUGACCGAACGCCUCAUCCAGCACUCCAUGGUAACAUCUUGAUAGAGUUAGGAAUCACAAAACAAAACCAAAGGCUUUUAGAAAUUGGAACAAAUCGAACUUGAAAACCUAAAUUGUUAGAAACAUUUCCUAUGGUAAAGCCUACAACAAAGCUUUGCCAAUAUCCCUACAGAGCUCUCUCUCUCUCUCUCUAAGCUUGGAUGAGUCUCACAACCGAGAUCGCAUCCUUAUACUAAAACGUAAAAGCAAAACACUUUAGUAAAAAAACUAAUAAGAUAUAAAUAAUCCUAAGUAGCAUAAAACUGAACCAAGUAAACCAAGGAGUUCAUUCCAAAGCACGCCCUUCCAAAACAAUGAAAUCAUCCUCAUCCUCAUCCUCAUCCUCAUCCUCUUCGAAAUCCAGAUGAGGUGGAAUAUCAGUCAAAACUUGUUGGUUUCCACAAACAAGUUUGUGCUGUUGUUCCAUAGAAACUUGAGGUUGGAGGAGCUUGAAUAUGACAACUUCUCCCUCUGUAUCACUGUCAAGAACCUCUGUUGCUUCAUCUUUAAAUUCGUCAACCUUCUUUAUGGCACAGUGGUUUUUUCUUAUAGGGAUCACAAAAAAAUCUGUAGACGUUUCUUGAGAUACUUCAGAUAUCGUGCUCACUUGAAUUGCAGCAACCAUUUCUGUUAGCCUCAAAAUUUGAUCUAAAACAUUCUUCAGACCAGCUUGAGUACCAUCCAACUUU